AUGGUUUCCACUCGCAGUCCCUCUCCCAGCAACACCGAAAGGUCCAGUGCCACUGAUAUCUCGACCGACGCAACCAGCCUCGUCGACUCAGUGGCAGCCCUCAACACCGACGACGACGCUUCUCUGCGCGAGCAGACAAUCCAAGAUGUGCUCAACGGCUCGCGAAUCCUGAUCACGGGCGCAGCUGGCUUUGUCGGUGCUGCCCUGCUUCACCGUCUGCUCGGCGACGAAAGCUUCAACGUCAAGCAGGUGGUCGCCAUUGUGCGAGGCAAGACCCCCGAGGAUGCACUCAAGCGUCUUCCCAAGGCGGUCCACCACCACGCCAAGCCCGAGUCUGAGGGUGCUCUGCCCAAGCUGGUUGUCGUGACUGGCGAUUGCGCUCGUCCGAACUUCGGUCUGAACGAACAAGAUUUCGAGCAGGUGCGCAAGACCGAGAUCGUCAUCCACUGUGCCGGUGACACCCGCUUUACUCUGCCCAUCUCUAAGGCGUUCGAGGCUAUGGCCGACUUGGCCUACUUCACGGCGCGCUUCUCGCUCCUCACUUGGAACGUCAAGACCCACAUCCACGUUUCCACCACUUUUGUCGGCUGGUACCUCAAGAAUGGCUCGCUGGUCAGCGAGACUCUGACCCCCGAGGGAUGCGGCACUCAGGUCGACGAGCAAGCUGAGCACGUCAACACCUACUUCCAGGCCAAGACCUACGCCGAGUCGUGCGUCAACUCGCUCUUCACUUCGCAAGUGGGGCGGAAGCUGCACGGCAAGACGUGCCGAAUCGUGCGACUCGCUACCUUGGGACCUUCUAUUGAUUUUCCCAGAAACGCUUGGGGUGCCGGUCACCCUUCGAGCCCCGUCUGUGCUGCUUUGGCUGCUCAGUGCGCCGAUCCCAACAUCAUCUUCCCCAACGCUGGUCUUGAUGUGAUUCCUGUCGAUAUUGCGGUCAACCAGAUCCUGGCCAUCACUGCGUCGGCACAUGCGCUGCAGAAGCUGCCCACGACGCACCGCCUGCACCCCAAGAACCCUGCCGCGCCGACGAGCAAGCAUCUCGCCGAGGUGCCCUGCUACCACGUCGCUUGCGGUAGCGGCGACGAGGCGCGAAUCCCCAUGACGCUGCUCAACGACGAAGCGGUCAAGAUCGAGGAGCCUUACAUCCCCACCGCCAACCUGCUCAAGGUGUACGACCCUUUCAUCACCAAGAUUGUCGAGUUCGACGUGGUUCGCACACGUACCGUCCUCGGCCUGCCCGCAUUGCAACCAGACGAGAAGCGAACGCUGGACAAGGCGAGCAUCGCCGAUCUGCCCCUCAAGCACGGCUCGCUCAAACUCGACAUCGUCAAGUCGAUUCAGGACAAGUUCGGAAGCGCAGAGCUCCAGGGCUGGACCGGAUACCUCCAGCAGGUCCGUGACGAGAUGGAGGCCAUGGGACCGCGUUCCGACUGGGAAACCUUCGUGGACUAA